CUGGAAUUACCUACAUAUGUACUUUCACGUUACAUAUGGGCACUAGUUUUGCAUUUUAAAUACGGUGCCACACAGUGUUCACGAACAGUUCGAGUUACAUAUACAUACAUACGUGAAGCAUGGCCUAAAAGACGCAUGGCACGUCAAAAGCGUGUCUUGCCCCACCAACAGCUUUCAAUGUUCUAUUAAGUACAACUAAUAAGUGCAUAAUCAUUUAUAUUUACAAUAUUAUAUGUAGGUUAUGUAGCUUAUCCAGAUCUCCCACCAAGAAGUUGCUAGAGAAUGAAGAAGCCUCUUCCAUCCACUUCUAAAGGCGUACGCACAACAUGUCCUAUUACGACAUAGACGCGAUACUUACCGAUGCUGAAAAAGUUCCUUGUAAAUUCGAGCUGGAGGUUCCCGAACUCGGUUACCUCGACAACAACCCUUCGCAGCCGCUAAAGACCGGCACCUCGGUCGGCCUGCCGCUAUGGCUUGCCGAACCUCUUGCUCUCACGAGUAGGUCGCCAAAUAGUUUAGAAGAGGAUUCAAGUUCGUUCGUCUCCCUCGACCUCCCUCCUUCGCUAUCCAAUGAGGUCAUGUCUGCCUUAAAAGCCGAUCCUCGAGCCGUACCCCUCCGCGACCAAUCCCAGAAUUUCUACGGCCUCGGAACCCGCAUGCUCGACGUUUUCGAAGAGGGGGAGAUAUGCGCAAUCCUCCGGAGGACCUUCGUUACGAGAGCCACUGAUAUCGCCCUUCACGCUAGGAAAGCUGGCGCUACCGAGGAUAUGGGCGUCGGCACUGGUGAAGAAUUCUUGAGAGGGUUAGAGGAGUGGGAGAGGAAGCUGUUUAGAAAAGCUCAUGAGGGUACCAAAGGGACCAAGGAAUGGAUGGAACGCGUUAAGAAACACUGAUGGUCCAACCCGUUUUCUCCAAAGGACGAUGACACGGUGGAAUAUCAUCUAUGCGAAACUACUGAUAUGACUGUUACGAUAUUUGUAACAUUGCCAUCUUAUGGUUAGUAUCAUGUCAAUUGGCUAUAGGGAGGCCUAGGUGUUGUGAUGUUAGGUAGAUUCAAUAUUAAUAUUAAUUUGAUAUCCUGA